GGGGCUGGAUUGCUUCAUCCCGGAAGUGGGUUGAAGGCCGUUGAGUCCCGGUCCUGGGCCUAGCUGGGCGGGGUGGCUGGGGUUCUGCUACCGACAUGGCCAGCCCCGACUCCCGGUACCCCUGCUCCUCGAUCGAAGACGACUUCAACUAUGGCAGCUGCGUGGCCUCUGCCAGUGUGCACAUCCGCAUGGCCUUUCUAAGAAAAGUCUACGCCAUCCUUUCUCUGCAAGUUCUUUUAACUACAGUGACAUCUUCAUUUUUUAUAUACUUUGAGUCUAUACGGACAUUUGUACAUGAGAGUCCUGCCUUAAUUGUGGUGUUUGCCCUUGGAUCUUUGGGUUUGAUUUUAGCAUUGACCGUAAACAGACAUAAGCAUCCCCUUAACCUGUACCUGCUUUUUGGAUUCACACUAUUCGAAGCUCUGUCUCUGGCCUUUGUUGUUACUUUAUAUGACAUAUAUAUUGUUCUGCAAGCAUUCAUACUGACCACUGCUGUAUUUCUUGGUUUGACUGUAUAUACUCUACAAUCUAAGAGAGAUUUCAGCAAAUUUGGAGCAGGACUGUUUGCUGUUUUGUGGAUUUUGUGCUUGUCAGGAAUCUUGAAGCUGUUUUUCUAUAGCGAAACAGUGGAGUUGGUCUUGGCUGCUGUGGGAGCCCUUCUUUUCUGCGGAUUCAUCAUCUAUGACACACACUCCCUGAUGCACAGGCUGUCACCGGAAGAGUAUGUAUUAGCUGCCAUCAGCCUCUACUUGGAUGUCAUCAAUCUAUUCCUGCACCUGUUGCGGUUUUUGGAAGCAGUUAAUAAAAAGUGAUUGAGAGCAGUGUUUGGAAACAGACUCAUUAAGUAGUAAAGUUUGAGAUAUAAUUAACUAUUAAAUACUUUUGUGACUUUAUGUAUAUGCUAUGUACU